UUUGAAGUUCUCUCCUCGUUUGUUUACAACCCGAGAACUUCCUGUUAGCUUUACUUCAGCUUUGUCCGUGUUUGCUAACAGCUUCAGUUUAGCUAAACGUCCGUUUUAAAGAUGGGAUGUGAUGGUGGGACGAUUCCAAAAAGACAUGAGUUGGUGAAAGGACCAAAAAAAGUUGAAAAGGUUGACAAGAAUGCUGAACUCGCUGCCAAGUGGAAGUACUGCGCCUUGAGCCAAGAAAAACUCAGGCGACCCAUCGUUUCAUGUGAACUGGGCAGACUUUAUAACAAAGAUGCUAUCAUUGAAUACCUCCUGGAUAAAUCUGCUGAAAGACCAAACGCCGAGGCUGUUACGCACAUCCGUGGGAUUAAGGAUAUAAAGGAGCUCAACUUGACUGAUAACCCUGAAUGGGAGGGAGAGAGGAGAAAUGCAAAAGGAGACAGAUAUGAGGACAUCCACUGUGGCAUGUUCAUCUGUCCUGUUGUUGGCCUAGAGAUGAAUGGAAAGCACAGGUUCUGCUACUUGCAGACAUGUGGUUGUGUGUUUUCAGACAGGGCCCUUAAGGAGAUAAAGACUGAGAUCUGCCAUAAGUGUGGGGAUCCUUUUAAAGAUGAAGACAUAGUUGUGCUUAAUGGCACAAAGGAGGAGGUCCAGAAGCUGAAGGAGAAGAUGGAGGAGAAACGUGUCAAAGCAAAAACCAAGAAAUCAAAGAAGAGCAAGGCAGUUGAAACUGUCUCUGCACCACCAGAAUCCAAAGAAGAGGAUGCCCAGUCUCCACCAGUAGAUGUAGCUGGGAGGAAAUCACAACAAAAUGGAAACGAGAGCAGCCAAUCAGCUGUGGCCGGACCUUCUGGUGCCUCCAGCUCCACAAAAUGCUCCAAAUCUUUGGCAGCUUCUGCCACCAAGAGGUCUAUCCAAGACAUGGAGGAAAAGUCUGAGGCUUUCAAAUCCCUCUUCACCACCCACAGCUCUGCUAAACGCUCUAAAGACCAGACAUCCAACUGGGUCACUCACACACCUUAUCACUUUUAACAGCUAUUUCUCAGUGCAGAAAACAUGUUAUUUUGUUGUUUCUUUUCUUUUUUUUUCCCUUUUUUUGUAAAUUCAUUAAUUCAAAUCCCUCAUUAUGUAAACACCACACACGCAUCAUUCAGCUGACCUUUAAUAAAGUCACCAGUGUGCAAACUCAUUCCCCAUUUACCUGUUCAGUUCCCAGUAGCACCUUGUUUACAUGCUGUGAACAUUUUGCGAACCCCUCCCUAAGCACUUUGACGUUGUUUUGUAACCUGAUGUCCUAAUGCAAUUCCCUCAUGUAUUCCUCCAUACCUCUGUAUUUUCAGGCUGCUAGUUUGUCUCUGUCACCUCUUAUCUCCUUUGUUUGUGCUCCGUACUACUGUGCCCUCAUAUCUAGGGUUUAUCUCUUUAAAUCCAUAUCUAUAUGGCUAAAGAUUUAAAAUCCUGAUAGAAAACAAUGUUGCGUUCAACUUCACUCUAACCGGAAAAUAGUCUUUCAUGUGACUUUGGAAAGUGGCUCAUGCUGCCUUAUGCUUUACUGCAAAAACUGACUUUAUUGAAAUACAUUAGACUGCGCUGUUUGUCUUCAAAAGAUUUGUAAUUUGUAAUUGCUCUUCAAUUUGUUUAAUUGUUCAUUAAAAAUAAGUUAAGAACAUUAUGGUACUUCAAAAAUGAUUUAAGCAUAUUAAAACAUCUGAUGCAUAAAUGUACAGAAAUUGAGAGCUGUGACAUGAUAUGAUAACUGGAAAUUUAUUUUGUCUAAGUCCUGAUUUUUACUUUCAGGCAUCAACAGGUUUAGCAAUUAGUUUCUUCUUCAAAUGACAACCUUCUUUAUGUUCAGCCUUUGGACAGGAACUUUGCUCUGAAAAGUGAAAAUCUGUUACAUCUUUAACCCUCAUCUCUGGGCAGUCUUUUCUUUUUUCCCUAAUUUUCUUCUACCUUUUUGCAAAUUAGCUAUUUUAUUGCAUGAAGGCAACAGAUGUCUCACUAAUUAUUUUUGUUUAAUCAGAUUCUGUUUUUUUUCUGCAAUGAUUUCCCUGUGCUCUGUGCUGUGCAGAUUGGGAAAUAAAAUGCUUAAUUUGUGUUUAUUACAUAUGUUGCAUGUUUGGAUUAAGGUUGUUUGCACCAGGCUAAAGCAACACCAAAUUAUAGUCUUGCACUUGAGAAAAAGUAGAUAAAGCUUCUGUUCAAUGACUUGCAAAUUAUAUACUUUGGUUUAUAGAAGUUUAUAGAAAAUACAUUAUUUUUCUAAACAUUUAUUUACCAAGUAUUUUUUUCUAUGUGGCAGAUGAUUUCACAAAGUCAGAACAGAAAGACUGUGUGUUCUGGAAAAUUGUCUUGAAUUUACCAUUCAUAAAAUAUGAGGCAAGUUUCACAACGUAAGCUUCCAUACCUACGGGUACAAAGACAUCUCUAAUAGGGAGAGUGAUUCUGGUCAAAGAGUCAAGAAGUUUAUACAGUUAAAACAAAAUGUCUUUGGUCUUUGGUGCAUCAAAUAAAAAGACUCCUUUUCUUCUGUGUCUCA